UCGUCGUCGACGUCGACGAAAGUAGCCGCAGUGUGACACGGCGAGCCGUAGUCUUCGAGUUAAGUUUGCGCAUCGACGAAGACAAUGGCAACCACGGUAAAUAGACCACGAACGAUCAAGAAGCUAGAGAAACCUCGGCCGCUGAAAAUUAGCCUGCGCAGCCCAACGACCGACACGCGGAUUACGAAUGUCGACGACAUCGUGUCAUUGAUCGACAAUGUCGCUACGCACCUCAAUAGCGGAUUUUAUGAUCAGCUAUUACAGACUAAUAUCGUGACAAUGUGCAAUCAUCUGAAACUCUUCUCCCAUCAAUUGGAAAUGAUUUAUAAAGAUCAGCUGGAUAGAGCAUUUAUAGCUAUUAGAAAUGGCAGUCAAGACGAGAGACUGGAUAUGACGACCAGAGUUCACUUGCUCGAAUUAAUUGAAUUAAGAGCCAAACAAUGGCAUCAUAACGAGUCCAUGAACGCCUAUUAUUCACAAAAGUUCUCAAACUUGGAUAACCAAAAUGAUUUGCUUACGCCGGAUACGCCUACGAAUUUGCUGACCCCAUCCUUAAUUGCCAUGAAUUCGGUAACAUCGCCGCCUCUGCUUGGACCUGGUGAGGUGAUAAAAAACAGCGGGAAAUUUGCAAAGCCAACUCGCAUUCCAGGAAAAAAUUACUGCAAGGAUGAAGUAGUCAUUCGUAAUAGUGAUUCUGGAAAAGUGAUGGGAAUAAAGGGGCGGCGAGUUCACAUGAUUGAAGAACUCAGCGAGACAAUCAUCUCCUUCCAGAGAGUGAAUCCUGGUGCGAAAGAACGACUUGUCCAAAUCACAGGUACUUCCGAGGACAAAAUAUAUUAUGCCAAGGAUUUAAUAAAAGACACGAUUCAACGAAACGCAUCACCCGUAAGACUCGAACAAGGUGGACGAGAAAAAAGUGGUAUAGGUGGAUCAAGCUCCUCCUUAAACAGCAGCGCUUCUGAUGAAAGUAACAGACUACAUCAACAUCAACAAUCGUCAUUGCGAUCGUCUCUCCUUCAUAAUCUGUCCACCAACGACGCAAGUAUUGGUGAAUACAAAUACACUGUCACCGUUGGUCCACAUUCUUUAAAAAUUACAGGCAGUAAUUUAGAUCUUGUUAGGGCUGCAAAGUUAGCUUUGGAUGAAUAUUUUUCAGAAGAAUCCGAGCACACUGGUAGUGGCGUCGAAUAUUUUACAUUCGACGAGGAAUCACUUGCUUCCGGCGCUUCGGUUAUGCCAAACACACCUCUGUCUGCCGGUCAGGCAAGUCUUUUACGAAGAAAUUUGAGCUAUGAUAGUGGCACUACGUCGGACAUUGAUAAAUCAAAAGAGCUAGCUAUUCCGGAAAUAGAACCGAAAAAAAUUGAGUCAUCGAGGGAGCUUUCGUAUGAAUUUCUGAUGCAAUGUGCAAAGGGCCCAUUUGCCAAGCGGCCUCCACCUGAUUGGGAACGUAUACAGAAAGAAAGUCCCAAUAUUGUUCGUAAGGUACCGAUUCGCUGGUUCGAACCGGAAGCAUACAAAACAAAAGUAGCAUCAACGGGUUCCGUUACGGUGAUAUCAGCAGGUGAAUUGUUGGAAAACGAUCCUGAAUAAAAUUUUUACGAAGAAUUUUCGUAGAGAAAUAAUACGAGUAAAAAACUAACUUUUGGUCAUGAAAAAGUUAAUCAAGAAAGCUUCAAAAGGAUAUUCAUAUAUGCCAUUUGCGAAGUACGAAAUCAUCUUAAUUUUUUACGUGGUUUAUGGUAAAAAUUGUCAGAACUAUAUCAUUCUGUAAAUAAAAUCUACAGAAAAUUGAGAACUAAUCUAUAUGAAAUGUACGUGACACUUAAUGUGUAAAGCUGGUUGUAAUU